AUGUCUUUGAUUAAACUGGCCAACUAUGAGGAGGCUGAGGGGACGAGGGCUGGACCCUACACUGACUUUGGAGCAGACGCCAGAGGGAUUGCCACCGAGUCAAGGAGGAUUGGCACGGCUGCCAUUGCUGCCCUCAAGGAACGGGAGGCUGCUCUAUUGACGGAGCAUCUGAUCCAAGAAGACAAGGAGAAGAAACAGCAAGCAGCUGCAGCUCUAGAAGAAGCAGGUGCCACGAGGUUCGGAGGAAACCCUUCUAAGGCCAGGAAGUUUGCUCAGCUGGAGAAUGAGAUUGCGUCUGCGGAAGCUGCAAUUGUGGCCGCCCAUGCCGAGUAUGAGAAGGUCAAAUCCCGAAACGAAGAGAUCUUGCAGGCUGCACUAGACGAAGCACCACAGACGUUGGGAUAG